UGGAGACAGAGUGUGUCCUGUGGCCCCGGGGGACUUGAGCGGUGCUUUCUGAAGUUGAGGUUCCGCUGGGAUUUGCGUCCUGCGCGACUGGGAGAGCCAGCCUUCCCUGCCAGCUCAUUUGUUGACUGAGGGACGUCCAGCUAGUGGCCAAGAUGUCUUCAGUGGGGAAGGUGUCCCAGGUUCCCAGCGGGAAAGUGUACCAGCAGAUCUUCGAGGCUGAGGUGCAGCUGGUCCACGCCCUGCUGGCCUCCAGGAAGCAGGAUGCGGAGUGUCCCAUGCCCCCGAAGGAUGGUAGCAGGCCCUUGAUGAAGAAGGUGGAUAUUCCUGAAGGGGAGAUGCUGUCUCCUCGACAGCGCAAGUGGAUGCAAGGCCUGCCCAAUGACUGGGUCACGGAAAACCCUGUUCUCUACAGGGAAAAGAAAAGAACCAAGAAGGAAAAGGCUCAGGAGAGUGAGAGCGCCAUCGCUGCCCGAGAAGUCCGGGGCCUCACGGACACCAUCGUCCCCGAGAGGGUCAGCACCGUCACUCUUCAAGGAGACUUUAAGAAGAGGAGCUACGAGAGUGCUCUGAAGAAUUUUAAGGAGGAGAUCACUCAGAUUGGGAUGGAAAUGGAACCUCUCAUCUUGGAGCCAGGAGCACGCCUUCUAAAAAAGCUGGCUGAGUUUGACGAAAACAUCAACUGUCUCUUCAAAAUGGUGGAAAAUGACAACAAGCUGGAGAACUAUGACAUCCAAACCCUGGGGGAGCUGUGGGACCAGGUGGCUGAGAAGUUCCUGCUCCAGAAGCAGGGGAUUAAGGAGCUGGAUGAGACGCUCAACUCGCUCGAGUUCUCCCGGGCAGAUAAACUAAAAAACGUGUUGAAGAAAUAUGUGGAAAUCAUAGAGAAAACUUCCUACCUCAUGCAGCCUGACGUGUACAGGCUGAUAAAUAAAGAAUCCAUGGUCAUAAACGAGGCCCUUCUGGGCAACCGGAGGGCCAUCGCGCAGCUGUUUGUCAAUCUGAUGGAGGCGACACUGAAGCAGGAGCUGGAGAGCCGCCGCCGCUGGCAGUGCCUGCUCGAUGCCUGGAAGGUUCUCAAGAAGGAAGCCCUGGUGCAGAAUCUGAGUGAGUUUAUGGCCAGUGAGAGGAUCCAGUCUCCGCCAGCCGUGAAGAAGGAGCUGGAGAGCAUGCUGAAGAACCAGGAAACCCUGCAGGGAAAGCGGCUGAGUCAUCUCUACACCAUCUGGUACAGCAGUGACCUUCUGCCCCCCAAUUACAGCAAAGCUCAACUGGAUGAAUGGUAUUCUUCCAUUUACUCCCUGAAUAAGUGCCUUGACACCUACCACAUGGACUGUAUGAUGCAGCUCCGCUUACAAUAUGAGAAGACCUGGCAGGAGUGCCUGGCGCACGUGCAGAAGUGCAAGAAGCAGCUGCUGGACUGGAAAGCCUUCACCGAGGAGGAGGCAGAGAGCGUAGUGAGCCCGUCCUUCUUCCAGAUGGUGGGAGUGCUCCAGAGCAAGGUGGAGGAGGAGCUGGAGUCCUUGGACAAAUCCUUUGAGGCCCUGGCGAAGCGGGCAGAGUGGCAGAGCUUGGACCUCUUCAGCUACUUCCAGGAUGCUGUGCAGCUGUGGGAGGCACAUCAGGGCAUGCUGUCUGUGCAGGAGCUGGAGCUGGAGAAGCGGAUGCACCAGCAGUGCCAGAAGCACAACCUGGAGAACCAGACCCAGGAGGCCCACCUUGAUGAGCUGUUGGACCAACUGAGGCAGCAAAGCAGUGAAAAAACACUGAAUUCUCACCUGGAAAAGGCCAAAGAUUUUCUGAAGAAUAUGAAAAGCAGGUAUGAAUAUUUUCAUGGCCUCUUGACAAAAGAAGUGAUGGAGUAUUCAGCAAUCAUACUGCAAGAACUCAACUCCUACAGCUCCAGUCUCAGCCGACACUUCCAUGUUCGUGAAAUCUUUGAACAGAACUUGGAUGGGGAAAUCAUUCUGAAACUCAGGGAACCAGAAGAACAUGAACAGCUGUUCCGGGAGAGAAUGAGAAAGCGGAGGGGGAAGCAGAGGGCUAAGGUGGAAGUGAGCAAAAGCGACGAAAGCAUCAGCGGAGGCGGGAGUUUCCUCUGGCCAGCGGAGGAGACGGAAGAACAGUUUCAAGACAUGGAGCCCUUGGGAGUUGAAGGGCUGGUGGUGAGCCCCUGGGAAGAAUCUGUGCUGAGCGAGGUGGUGGGGCCCAGAGAGGACUCCAUUCAGGGGUCGGAAGAAAUGCAAGCUGAAAGAGACGGCUCCCUGAGGUCAUCCCUGGACCCCGAAAACGUGGGGGUUCCAGAAAAUGAGAAGGAAGACAGUGGAGAGGAGGGAGCGGAGGAGGAGAGGAAGGAGAGGAAGGCGGAGGAGGAGGAGCGCGAGAGUUCAUCUGCGCCUGAGUCUAAAGUCUUGUUUUCUGCUUAGUCUGAAGCCCAGGAAGAGAGUCUGGGGGCUGUAUCCUCUGAGGACAUGGAGUCCUUCACAGUCACCAGUGGGAACACUUAUUUUGUCUUCCUACCCCUGGAACAAGAAGAGGAGGAUUGUGAGAGGUCCCAUUCCAGUCUUUCUGACAUUCUCAUCAAUGACACUUCCAAUGCCAAGUUCCUAGAACAAGUGAUCAUUUCAUCCGCACUAGUUUCAGAAAUUAAAAAACAGCUUCGAGCUGGCUUUUUUGAGCACUUAGAGAAGUGGUUUGACCAAUGCACUCUCAAUGCCCGAGUCACUGUGGCCACCAAGCUUGAUCAGCUGGAUUCAGAACUGGAGCUGCGUCUGCACCUGCACCAGCCAAGAGCCCAGCGCAUUGAAAAGGACAUCCACAAUCUCAGGGCAGCUGAGCUCUUGCUUCAUCAAGAGCGUUUGGACAGCCACUGUGCUGGGGUGAUGGAGGCGCUGAGGAAGGAGAACCUGAUGUUCUCCCAGUUCCAAGAGGAGCAAAAUGUGAAGACUAAAAACUUCCAUAGCAAGAUUUGUGACAUGGAACACAUCUUCCUGAAUGCCACCAGGAGCCAGAAGCUGGUCAGUCUCAGCAGCACCCUGCACCGGGAGCUGCUUAGCUACGUGGAUGUCAUCCAGGUGUCCCUGCGCAGCUUCCGCCAGUACUUGGAGGAGAGCCUGGGCAAGCUUUGCUAUACCAACAUUGAGUUCAUCAAGCACAGCAGAUUAUUUUCAGAGGGAGGCAACUUUUCUCCUGAAGAAAUUGAGUCACUAUGUAAUCGACUGGAGAAGGAAGCUUCCCGGAUAGAGUUUGUUGAAAACUCAAUCAUGAUCAACAUGGAAAAGAUGGAGAGCGACUACCUGGACCAGGCCAAUGAUUUCAUCAACAAGUUUGAAAGUAAAUUCCAUAACCUGUCUGUGGACCUUAUUUUCAUAGAGAAAAUCCAGCGAUUGCUGACAAAUCUGCAAGUGAACAUCAAGUGUGAGGUGGCAAAAUCUAAUUCACAAGCAAAUGGAUUAAAUUCUUUUCUGGAACAGCUUCAAAGCAAAGUAGAAAUGUAUCGAAACUCAAAGGGAGACAAAACAGUGGUGGCCACAGAAGACCUCCAGGGCUUCAUCCGAACUUGGAAAGAAAAAUUGAACCAGAGGAUUGAGUACCUCAAAUGCAGGCAGGAGAAAGUGUCCGUGACUCAAGUGGUUUUUGCUGACAGCGUCUUGGUUGACCUGGAUGUGGAGAGUGACAUCCUGGUGUCUCCAGAAGCCCUUGAAGAGGAGGCCAAGGUAGAUGCGGUCAACCACGAGUCCUUUGCCCAGCCGAGCCGCAUGGGGAAGCCCAUGAUUGAAGACCCAGCUAUAGGGGUGGUCAAGAAGAUCUUGCAGUCUCAGGAAUCAAAAUGCUCAGUUUCCCCAUGUGACAAAACUCGAUCGCAGACAGGCUUGAAGCGACACCGGAACCAGGGAGAACACUCUGUGAAGACUUUGUCCAAUGUCAAUGCCACCUCAACAGGAAGUGUCACACGGGUUUCCAAGUCCAACAGAAUGGACAGAAGGUACCAGGUGCUCUGCGACAGGCCACCUCCUCAGGCCGAGGAUUUUAAAGGGAUCAUCCUGACCCUCCUCUGGGAGAACAAUGAGCAUCUGAUGAACGUGGUGGAGGAGUUUUACCGCAAAGAGAAGCGCUUAGUCACCAGGCCUGACUGCAUGUACGAUACCUUGGAACAGUGCACUGAGAACAUUGGCAAGAAGAUUCUGGAGUACCAGAGCCAGACAGACGAAUACCACAACUCCUGCCUCAUAGAAUUACGAGCCCAGAUGAGGAGAUUUGAGGAGCUACUGCCCCAGGUGUGUUGGCUGAUGAUGGAAAAUUUCAAGGAGCACAGCUGGGAAAAAUUUUGCACCACAACCAAGGAGACCCAGGAACACUUCUGGAAUUAUCAGAAGCAAAUGGAGAAAAGGAAGGUGGGGCCCCCAGGACUUGCCCUUCCUCUCCAGGAUAAAAAUGCCCAGAGCCUUCAUCCAAGUCUUGGACACCCUAUAUAUCUAAAAGAAAUGGAGUCUCUAUGUCUACUGGAAGAGAGAAGACAGAAAGAAGUGGACUCCAUGAUUAUGACAAACAAGGAGAAGCUGGAGGAAUGCACCAGGAGGCAUGGCCGGUUAUUCAUAGCCAGCUUGGCCACCUUCACCGAGAAGUUCCUGCUGCAGUUGGACGAAGUGGUCACCAUCGAUGAUGUCCAGGUUGCAAAGAUGGAGCCCCCCAAACAGAAAACAUCAGUCCUUAUACGGAGGAAACUCGCCGGGCUCUCCCUGGAGGAAGAGAGUGAGAAGCCCCUGACUGAAAGGGGGAGCAGGAAGUGGCCUGGAAUCAAACCCACUGAAGUCACCAUCCAAAACAAGAUUCUCCUCCGGAAAACAUCAUCGAUCACCACCAUGAAAACAACCCUGGGCCACCUGGCAGCCGUGGAAGCCCGAGAUGCUGUCUACCUGAAAUAUUUAGCAUUGUUUGAGGAGGAGUUGAAGAAGAUCCAGAGAGACAACACAGCACAGGUGAAGGAGGCCCAGCGCUGGAAGGACAGCUGGAAUAACUCCGUGAAUACCAUCAAGGGCCUGUACUAG